CUAGAAGCUUACAAAUUCAUCUUGACGGGCAGAACCGAAUUUCAAGACAUGAUUAAAUACGUUCCAUCUGAAAGGACGCAUCACAUUCAGCCAGUCGGCCAAAGUGUCAAGAGAACAAACAACUUUUACGCCGCAUGUUCCUGCGUCUCGACACUGAACCCGCAGUUCCGUGACAUUUGGCAGUGACAGCGCCCCACCAUUCCAUAGUAUACGCAGUACUUCCACUUGAGACUCGCUUUAGCACCAAUCCUGACCUCUGCAGACGGCUUCAUCCAUCAUCCAUCCCAUCUUCACUGCAGCAUCCUUUGCAUCCCAGCUGGUGUAAACUCGCAGACAACAUUAUUAAAAAAGAAAAAAAAAAGAAAAAAAGAACCACAAUGUCUUCCAUUACUCAGGGUUCAUACCCUCCCCUUCUCCAAGAUGCCGAAAAAGAACGACUUGUGCAAGUCGUCAAGGACUGGACUGUAGCCCAUGGCCUCACUGUUCGCCCACCACCUGCCAUCGCCGGUAACGACACCGAAGGCAUCCUCGCCACAAGUGCGCCCGUUACCCUCUUUCCCAGCCCCUUCCCCAAGAGCUGCUUUGAGGAGGCAAAGGCUAUUCAGACUACAUACAACGAGCUGUAUGCUCUCAUUAGCCAGGAUGAGGAGUUCCUCACAGAGAUGGUCAAGGAGGUUGCUGGCGGCGACGAGUUCAUUGCCAACUUAUGGAACGUCCACCUCCGUGUGAAGAAGGAAGGCUAUGUCCAAAACCUCGCUUUAGGCCUCUUCCGCUCCGACUACAUGGUGCACCAAGACGACGCCUCCCUGCAAAUCAAGCAAGUCGAAUUCAACACCAUCGCCUCCUCCUUCGGCGGCCUGUCCACUCAGACCUCUCUCCUGCACAAACACCUCGCUCAGCACGAGUACCCUCUCCUCUCUUCUUCCUCCUCCGCCUCGAACCUCGACCUUCCAUCCAACGACUCCGCCGCCGGUCUCGCCGCCGGUCUCCGCGCCGCCUUCGACGCCUACGGCCCUUCCACUCUCGGCCAUCCCACGUGCGUCCUCUUCCUCACCCAGACCGGUGAGCGCAACGUCUUUGACCAGCGUCACCUUGAAUACGCCCUCACCUCAUCCGGCCCUAACAAAGUCCCCGUCUUCCGCCUCCCUUUCUCCGACAUCCUCACCCACACCACCCUCGCCUCUACCCCCACGCGCCAGCUCCUCUACACUCUCCCCAGCAACCCUUCCCUGGUCUUCGAAGUAGCCGUCGUCUACCUCCGUGCCGGUUACGGCCCCGGUGACUACCCAGACCAAGAAGCGUGGGAGGCGCGCUACCAGAUCGAGCGAUCCAACGCCGUCUGCUGUCCUACGGUUCUCACGCAGCUGGCGGGCAUGAAGAAAGUACAGCAAGUCCUGGCCACCCCGGAGGAAAGCAACUCCAACUCGGUCCCCUCCGCGCUGGCCAAGUUCAUGCCUCCCACCGCGGAGAAGACCCAGCGUCUCCUCAAGACCUUUACAAAUAUCUACCCUCUCGAUACCUCUUCUUCCGGCCUGCACGCCCGCUCCCUCGCCACUUCCCCCACUCAAUGCCAGAAAUACGUGAUGAAGCCGCAGCGCGAGGGCGGAGGCAACAACUUCUAUCGGUCGGCGAUCCCCGAGCAACUGGCCAAAAUCCCCGAGGAACACUGGAACUCGUUUAUUCUCAUGGAGAUCAUCGAGCCGCCUGCGCUGGCGAACAGUAUUCUCAGGAACGGCAAGGUAGAAGUGGGGGGCGUCAUUUGCGAAUUGGGCGUUUAUGGUACUUGUCUGUGGGAUCAAAGCAGUGGGGAGAUCAAGUUCAAUGAGGAGGCCGGGUAUUUGUUGAGGACGAAGGGGGACAAGAGUGAGGAGGGAGGCGUGGCAGCGGGUUAUGGGUGUAUGGAUAGUGUUACUCUUGUCUAAGUUGAGGGAUGAGGAAGAAAAGGGCUGUCUGCUUGGAUAUAAAGUGGCGAUGGGUGAUGAUGACGUACAAAUGGAUGGGUGGCUAGAGGAAUAGAGGCAAGUAAGUCAUCGAAGCACGUUUAAAGGUGCCUGUAUCUAGAGUUCUUUUCCAGCACCAAGUAUCCCACCGAGGUCAUAAUGAUAAGAUCCUGCCUCGCUCCCCUUCCGCAAAUUACCG